AUGCAACGCAAAGGAGGGAAGCCACCACAUCAGCUUAGCGAAUACUUUUAUGUUAUACCCAAUGAGUGGGCAAAUAAAAGUAAUCGAAAAUAUAUUUGUCUAGCUUGCAUGGAAGCUGUAGGAAGAGAUUUUGCUUUGCAGGAUGAGAGUUUAAAAAUUACAAAUACUUUAUGUUACUGUGCUAAUCAUCUUAAAGAUUGUUCUUAUUUUGCUGCAAAACAUUCAUCUAAACAAAUACAAAAUAUUAUUAACUUGGCUACAUCUUCAACAUCAAACAAACAUGUAGCAAUAUCUCAAAUAAAAGAAGAUGAUGAUGAUUCAAUUUUAACAAUGUCAACUCACUCUUUUAAUUUAUUAUUAGCUUUUAAUGAAAAUUUGUCUUCCUCAAAAAGACAAACAGUAUUAUCUCAAUAUAUUGGCCAUCCUCUUAAUACUUCUGAAGUUUCCAAAUUUGAACGUCUUGUGCUUCGGGCAAUAAUCUCAGCUAGUAUUGCAUUUUGGUGGAUAGAAAAUCCUGAAGUUAAAGAAUUAUUUCAUUUUAUUUCACCAUAUCUGAAAUUACCCAACCGAAGAUCACUUAGCAAUCGUAUUUUAAUGAAUACAACUAAUAAAGUUCAAACAACAAUUAAAGAACUUGUCUGCAAGGAUAAGAUUGGUAUUACGAUUGCCUUUGAUGGUUGGCGCAAUGUUGUUAAUGAAGAAUUAAUGGGUGUAGUAUUUAUUACAUCUUCAGGAGAAACUUUAAUUUGGAGUGCAGAAAAUAUUAGCAUUGAAAGACAGAGAAAAGAAGAAGUAAUUUCUAGAAUUCAUGACCUUUUUGAAAAAACAAAAAAAUUGAAUAUAAGGGCAAACUGUCUUGUAACUAAUUCGGCUAGGUCAUAUGCAGCGGCUCAUCGUUGUUUAAGGCGUGAAAUGCGGGACAAGGUGUUUAUUCCAUGCUUUGCACAUCAAGCAAAUUGUUGU